UCCCCUGAAGCUCCCAGCAUGGAAACCCGAACCUUGUUCCACCACAGGGAGGAGGAGCAAAAGGAAGAGCGGCACCGAAAUUUGCAAAUGACAUCUACCACAAGGAAGACCAAGUUCAAGACCAGUGAGGAAGAAGAGGGCUUCACACUUUCCGAUCUAUCCAUUGCGUCUGCUCUUGCUCUGACGUCAGAAAUAUCAUGGGAAUCCAAGAUAAGGCAGGAGGCUGCCAUUCUGGAGAUGGAGGAGAGAGGCCAGAAGAGGAUCUGGUUUGGGAACGAGAUGGAAAAGCUGGAGAAAGAUGUCAUUCGACACUGCAGGUUCUUGCGGGUGAGGGCCGACAAGAAGGCCCUUCGGAGGAAGGCGGAAGCAAAGGCACAGCGUGAAAAGGAGGUCAUGGAGCUGCGGUCGUGCCGAGGGCCCAUGUUCUGGAUCCCGCUCCGAGCUCACGCCGUCUGGGAACGAAUGAGUGUCAAACUGGAGUGUACGGUUCUGGCCUCCCCUCUUCCAGAAGUGACCUGGUAUAAAAAUGGAGUUCCUAUUGACCUCCGUUUAGCUCCUGCGGGGAAAUACAGGAUGAAGAGUGAGUUUGGGAUGCUCACGCUGGAUAUCAGCAGAUGCUCCUUGGACGAUUCUGCUGAAUACAGUGUGGUUGUGAAAAAUCCAUACGGCGAGGCCUACUCCUUUGCGACGGUACUCGUCAGGAAAUAUUAUGGGAAGGAAUCAGGAUUUGACUCAGAGUUAUAUAAAAGGACACUCAUGCGCCAAGACGCUGACUUUGCCACCACCUUGAAGCCUGUCUUCACCAGAGAGAAGGAACCCUUCACGCUCUUCUGUUCUUUCACUUCUGACUUGCAGGAGCAUCAACGAGACAUCCGUUGGUUCAGAGAUGGUGAGUUGCUGAAAGAUUCCGAUCGCCGGCAAAUCAAAUGUGGAGAUCAGGAUGCCUCUCUAACAGUAUCUUGCGCUUACAAAGAAGACGAGGGAUUUUAUAGUGUCCAUAUCCCAAUGCAAGAUGGGUACAGCAAGCAAAGAGCUUACGUAUUUGUCCGGGAUGCUGCAGCAGCAACAGCCGGAGCUCCCGGGUCUCCCCUCAACGUGCAGUGCCAUGAUGUGAAUAGAAACAGUCUGAUUCUUUCUUGGAUAACCCCCAGUGAUAAUGGUGGAAGUCCAGUCCUUGGCUACUAUAUUGAGAGAUGUGAGGUGGGCACAGACGAAUGGGUGCCAUGCAAUGACAAACCUGUGAAAACUUGCCGGUCCCCCGUUGUGGGCCUCACAGAAGGGAAGACUUACCAGUUUAGAGUGAAGGCCGUCAACUGUGCAGGCAUCAGUAACCCCUCGAAGGCCAGUGACCCAGUGACUAUGAUCGACCCCAACGAGAGCAAAAGAUUGAUGAAUAUCCCUUAUGAUGACGGGAUGAGAACAAUUACAGUUUCGAAAGACGAACUGGAACCGGAAGUCAAAAUCCCUUUGCCACCCACCAAUGUUCACGCCAGCGAGGUCAGGGAAGAGUAUGUCGUCCUCUCUUGGGAUGAGCCAGACCCCAGAGGCAAGGAACCCCUGAGUUACUAUAUAGAAAAGUCCAUAGCAGGCACCGACAGUUGGCAGAUGGCCAACUUGGACAUCCCGGUGAAUUCCACGACAUUUGCUCUCUUCGAUCUCGACAAAGGGAAGUCAUACUGUUUCCGAGUGCGGUCUGUGAACAGGUAUGGCGUGAGCGAGCCUUCUGUGCCCAGCGAGCCCAUCUCAUUGGGGGGAAAAAUAGCUCCUCUGCCGCCUCCGUCUCAGGUUCUGACCUUCCGAGACACCAACACAUCCGUCGUCGUUCAGUGGAGCAAGCCGAAGGAGGGCCAGGAGAAACCUCUUGGCUACUAUGUAUAUUGCCGGGAGGUCGGGACAGAGGAGUGGGAAACUGUGAACAACAAACCCCUCCAGUGUCACGAGUUCACUGUUCCGGGGCUCAAAACUGGCAAGCAGUAUGUCUUCUGUGUGAAAGCUGUGAACGAAGCAGGCGUGGGGGACAGCUCCCCAGAAUCCGAUCCCAUCAUAGUCAGACAGGCCAUUUCCUGCCCGUCACCCCCACGUGGUUUUGCCCUGCUGAACUGUGGAAAGGACAACAUGACCAUUGGUUGGAAGCCUCCGAAACGCAAAGGAGGCACAACGAUUCUAGGCUACUUUCUAGACCAGCACGACGUUUCAGAGAUCGACUGGCAUGAGGUCAACAUUAAGCCUAUCGCACAGCGGGUUUACACGGUCACCAACCUGGACCAAGGACAUUUCUAUGAGUUCCGCGGUUAUGCAAUGAACGUGGUUGGAGUUGGGAAGGUAUCGGAACCCAGUGACCUUUUCAAAUGUGAGGAGUGGACAAUGCCAGAGCCAGGCCCUCCCUACGAUGUGAGGUGUACAGAAGUGAGGGACACGUCUCUGAUGCUUCACUGGGAGCCCCCUUUGUAUACCGGAGCGGGCCCUGUCACUGGCUACUACGUGGAUGUAUGCGAGGAAGGAUCUGACACGUGGGAGCAACUGAAUAAGCAGCCAGUGUUCGACAGCCAUAUGAAGCUGUCUGACCUGGAGACCGGAAAGUGCUACAUAUUCCGAGUGCGGGCACAGAACAAAGCCGGGGUUGGCCCACCAUCUCUCCCAUCUGAUCCUGUGGUUGUAAAAACCAAACCAGGCACCAAAGAAAUCGAAGUUGGGGUGGAUGAGGAAGGAUUCAUCUAUCUGGCCUUUGAAGCUCCUGAAGUCGUCGACACCUCAGAGUUUAUCUGGUCCAAGGAUUACGAAGGGCCUCCAAAACCUGACAGGGUUGAAACUGUCGACAAGGACGACAAAUCUAAGCUCAUCCUAAAGUAUGGUACUGAAAGAGAUCUGGGAACGUACUCAGUAGAAGUAACUGACACUGAUGAAGACAUUUCCGCCAGUCACGUUUUGACUGAGGAAGAACUAGACAAGCUGCGGAAGAUCAGCCACGAGAUCCGGAACCCCUUGAUCGAGCUGAUAUCUGGGUGGAAUGUCGAGGUUCUGGAGAAAGGGGAAGUGCGGCUCUGGCUGGAGGUCGAGAAGCUCUCCCCAGAGGCAGAGUUGCACUUGAUCUUCAAUGGGAAGGAGCUUUCGAGCACUCCAACCCACAAGAUCAAUUUUGACCGAGCAAAGGGCCUUGUGGAACUGAUCAUACAGGACUUCUGCGAAGAUGACAAAGGGACGUACACUGCCCAGCUGAAGGACGGCAAAGCCGCAAACCAGUUUACGCUGGCUCUGGUUGGGGACGAUUUUGAUAAGCUUAAAGCAGAGGCUGAUGCCAAGAAGAGAGAUUGGAAAAGAAAGCAUGGUCCGCAUUUUAUUGAGCAAUUGCGAUGGAAGGUCACAGAGGAAUGUGAAGUCCUGCUGACUUGCAAGGCAGCGAACAUGAAAAAGGACAGCACCUUCAAGUGGUUCAUGGAUAACAAAGCCUGCUCAAAUGGCCAGUAUGAGCCAAAGACAGGGGACGGGUUCCUUCGGAUUAAGAAGAUUACCAAAGCAGACAAGGGCAUAUACAAAGCUGUGGUUUCUGAUGACCGUGGAGAAGACACCACCCAGCUUGACCUUACAAAGGAAGCAUUUGAUGAUAUCCUGAAGGAACUUGCCAGGAUCAGUGUUCUUACUGCAUCCCCACUGAAAGUCCAGCCAACGGUAGAAGGCAUCAAGAUCUACAGUGAAGUGAAGUACUACACCGAUGCCAUGAAAGCCACCUGGUAUCACAACGAUAAACGUCUGGAAGGUGGAGACAGAUUGAAAACAGGAACAACUAUGGACCAGAUCUGGGUACACAUCCUGGACCCCAAGGAGUCUGACAAAGGAAAAUAUACCCUGGAGUUGUUUGAUGGACAAGAGUCACGUAAACUAUCGACAGACCUCUCCGGGAAAGCUUUCGAUGAUGCACUUGCUGAACAUCAAAGGCUCAAGCAAGCAUCUGUUGUGGAAGAGCACCGAGCCAAAGUUGUUCGGGGCCUUCCGGACGUGGCCACCAUCAUGGAGUCUAAGACACUCUGCUUGACGUGCAUCAUAUCCGGAGACCCCUACCCGGAAAUCACAUGGUAUAAGAAUGAGAAGGUGAUCACCUUCAAAGAUCGGUACAAGAUGGAAGUGAAGGGCACUGUUAUCACAAUCACCAUAGAGAACGUCAGCAGCGAGGACACGGGGAAGUUCAGCAUCCACGUCAAGAACAAGUGGGGCUCUGAAACAGGCCGGGUGACGGUCAGUGUGUACAAACACGGGGAAGAGCCAGCAGAACUCAGAGACGAAUUGCCCUUGAUUUGA